AGCCCGUUGUGAGUGACGCGGGAAACCCUGUGCAGUGCGGCCCGCCAUCUUGGAAAAGGCAGGCAGUCUCCUGGAGGCUUGGAAAACUUGCGAGAUUCCCUUCCGAGAUAGAGAGGGAGACGGGACGCAGCCAGAAAAAAAAGAGGCAAGGAAAGACGCGCUGAACUCCCAGGUUACCCCCCCUCCCCAAAAGUCACGGGAGAGGAUGUAGAGGCGGUAAGCUUCUACAGUUACUUGGGGGUUCCAGAUCAAUGACAGGUUGGACUGGUCCUAGAACACCCAGUAGCUAUAAAGAAAAAGGGCAAAGCAGGCUUUUUUUAAGAGACUCAUUUCCUUUAAGAGCCACCAUGGCCACAGCUCCAUACAACUAUUCCUACAUUUUUAAGUACAUAAUUAUUGGGGACAUGGGAGUAGGGAAAUCAUGUUUGCUUCAUCAAUUCACAGAAAAGAAAUUUAUGGCUGACUGCCCCCAUACAAUUGGUGUGGAGUUUGGGACCAGAAUAAUAGAAGUAAGCGGUCAGAAGAUCAAACUGCAGAUCUGGGACACAGCAGGUCAGGAGCGGUUUAGAGCUGUGACACGGAGCUACUAUAGGGGAGCUGCUGGUGCACUAAUGGUGUAUGAUAUCACCAGGCGAAGCACAUAUAAUCACCUGAGUAGCUGGCUGACAGAUGCACGAAAUCUCACUAAUCCCAAUACUGUGAUAAUUCUUAUAGGAAAUAAGGCAGACUUGGAUGCUCAGCGGGAUGUAACGUAUGAAGAGGCCAAACAAUUUGCAGAGGAGAAUGGGCUGUUAUUCCUUGAAGCUAGUGCAAAAACAGGAGAGAAUGUGGAAGAUGCUUUCUUAGAAGCAGCAAAGAAGAUCUACCAAAACAUUCAGGAUGGCAGCCUUGAUCUAAAUGCAGCGGAGUCAGGAGUGCAGCACAAACCUUCAGCUCCGCAGGGUGGCCGGAUAACCAACGAACCACAGCCCCAGAGAGAAGGGUGUGGCUGCUAGUACCCCUCUCAUGCCAGACCCGCCCACCUCAACGUCUUCUCCAGUGUGCUGGGAAAGCAGGGAGGUUGGUAGGUGGAGGGAGAGCAUAGCUGUUUAAGUAUGCUGUGCUUGCCCUGUCUGGACUCUUCCUCACCCCACCUGACCUUGACCCUCACCCAAUUCCAUUCACAAGUCCAUCUGUCUAGGUUUUCAAAUGGAAGAAAAUGUAUUAAAAAUUAAAAAAAAAAAAAAAAAAAGCUGAAACUCACCACUGAGACAUCAAUAACAUUUAACUAAAAGGUAAAAAGAUAUGCAGUUCACUUUCAUUUCUUUUCUACUUAAGCGGAUCAGCCAUUAAAAAAAAAAAAGUUUAAAAACAAGUCAAACAGAAUUAGAUUUGAUAUGGCAGACCUCUUCUGCAUGGGUUUAAUGUAUGAUUUUAAAUAUAUAUAUAUAAUAUAUAUAUAUUUGCAGUCUGUUCCUCUUUUUACUGUGGUGGUUCCAGCUCAGUGGCCAGGAACGUCCAAGUUGACUGCUUAAAAUAUUUUUGGCAGGCCGUCUGUCUUGAGGAAUUGUGUGGGCAUCUCUGACUUCUUUAAACUUGACCAAAUUCAAAAAGAACUUCACAAUCCCUCCAAGAGUCCUUUUUCCCCACUUAAGUGUGAAUUGUUUUAAGGUGAAGGCAAAUAAUUUGUUCCAGACCAGUAUGAUUUCUUUGAACCUGAAGAGCAGAAGAUAGUAGGCCAAGAGUGAAUGGGCUCUGGAAAGGAAAAAAUGUAAAAUAUGGGAAAAGUAUGGAGAGAGAGGAUGACAGAACAUGGGAUAGAAGAGCAUUUAGAGCAUCACUACACAUUUUUCCUGGAAGGAGGCCGACUGCAGCAGGUUGUGCUUUGUGUUGCCCGUGAUGCCAGCCUAGGAGAAAUACAUCUGUGAAAGGCCAUCAUCUGUAGUUGUUUUUCAGCAGGAAGUUUUGUUGUCCAUUUUUUCUUUCUUUUUUUUUUUUUAAUUCUUUUUAUUUGCUACUUGCGCUCCUUGCUAACAUUGCACACAUUUUUAUGUAUAAAAUAAACAUGUUUUACCUUUUAACUUACUUACUGGAGUCCACUAAUAGCAUUAAUGACUUACAAGGUUGACUUCCUUGAGGGUGGUUUGUGCACAGGGGCUGAGGAGACGAAGUGUUUUAUACGAGUGUGACCUUUCAGUAUGACGAUGGAGCUGCCAUCACCUCUGGCCAUAAGGAGACCACUUUGCUUUGGUUUCGUGGCUACAUUAGACCAGUUGCAGGACAGGCCAAGCUCUAAACUGCUCAUCUUGUUUUGAAAGACGCCUUUAUGGGGGGCUUGAUUUACUAGCAGCAGACUUCAUGGUCAAACAUCGAGUGGCUCAGGCUUGUGCUUGAUGUCAUUUUUCACAGAUACAGCCCUGGAAACAGUAGGAAAGGGGUUUUGUAAUUUUUUUAACUUGUGGCAGGGCAUUGUGCUUAUUUGUAGUUGGUCGCAGGUAUUUGUAUUGAUCACAUUUUUUAACGGCUUCUUUUGUCCUGUUCUUUGAAUCUGGCCUCUGUGUAAGCUUGAGGUGUCAAACAGGACGCCAUUCUGCUUAUCUGAUUUGGAAAACGUCAUGAGAAGUAAGGCCAGCGUGCCAUUUCACCUGAUCAAUGGUGGCUGAUUGAACGGUGACCCAGAGUGGCUCACAGAAAUAUAAACUCCUAGGAUGGCUGAUUUUAACGUUUAUUUCAUUUGUUAAAAGGGGGCGAGAGGGAGGUGUAUCACUACAGGAGCUGCACUUGUGCUCACAGUGUUGAGAGAAUAAGGCUGGACAUUGUGCUUUGCAUUACAGAUGGGACAGAUGAGAGCUCCCUGUUGCACUGCAUUGGCAAAACUGGGUUGAGAUGACGUGGAACAGAACCUGGGCUGGGAACUUAUCUUUAGGAAAAAGUCUUAUUCUCUCCUCUUAAGUGCCCCCAAUUUUGAUGAAGUUGAGAUAUGAAGGUUAUCUCUGCAUCACACAGGUACAAGAUGUGGUUUCCCCAAGACUGGGCUGUGUAUGUACAGUUGAUUGAUAGACAACAGUAAGCUUUACAGUUCCACCACUACGCUCUGAACCAGUGGCAAGGAAACGUGUGGUGUGUUGGAGUGGAGUUGUACGUUAGGUAAGCCACUCUAAAAUCGCCUCCACUUGCAUCAAGUCGUAUUUACAUUCACCAGCCACCCGGUGCUUUACAAGCACUUGAUCCUUAAGGAAUUCUCCUCGAUGUUCCUGCAUUUUGCGAUGGGACAGAAUAAACUUGUUGCUUCCAAAAUGCAUGAUAUACUGUGGCCUGGAAAAGAGCCGGGGGGCAAGGGUUAUACAGCUGGGAAGAAGGGUGGGCUGCACGAGACAGACAAACAGGCUGGAGCUGUGCGGGACUCCUGCUUCAGGUCAUUAACUGCUAGGAUGCCCAGCUGCACUCUCUUGUGUGCGCCCAUUUGCUGGGCUGGCCGUGUGAAUUCUGGACACUGUUUGGGCAGAAUGCUGCUAACUGGUGCCACUUAAGCUGUUUGACAGAAUUAAUGAAGGGUGAGCCUCUCCCCUUUAAACUGGCAUGGGUGGAGAUGGCGGCCUGGCGUAGCGUGAUGCUCCUUCUUCAGCUUGACCCUCUCACUCAAAGGCUGCGUAAAGUUUGGUUCUGAAUGAGUAAUCCCAACUCUGCACUUCUUCACAAGCUCUUUAACUUGACACUAAAACAAAGCAACCUUGUGUGUUUGUGAAUGUAGAUGGACGAGACCUCAGCGGAAAAGUGAAUGUCUUUAAGCCAAAACUGGAAUCUGCGUAAUGUGACGCUGGGGUAUAAAACGUUGAACCUUCUCUGUUCGUCUCGCUAAGUGUGUGUGUGUGUGUGUGUGUGUGUGUGUGUGUGUGUCUGCGCUCUCUCCAUUUUAAGAACAUCACAUGAAAUUUAAUUUAGGGGCUAUCCAGUUUAUAUAUGUUGCACCACAUCACAAUACGAUUUGCUUAGGGACCACUGGCUGCCAACACAAAAAAAUAUGAGGUUUGUGUUUUGUUUCUUUUUUUUUUUUGCCUUUUCAUUUUUGGCCGAGUCAGACACAUAAACUGGCCUUAAUGUCUGUAUUUCUAAUUUUAUUUUUAUUUUUUCCUUAUUUUUCCAUUUCAAAUUUGUGUGGAAAUUUAACUCCUAAACUGCUUAACAGUUGGUCUUGUUAUUUAUAUCUGUGACAACAAUACUUUUCUUUGGACUGCUGUACUUUUCAUUUGAUGCAACAAAAUGCUAUUAAUCUGAAUAUUUGUAAAUAAAGUACCUGUAUCUAGAU